AUGGAAGCUGCACAUAAGGACGCCGCCGAGUUACAGUUAUCGGCAGCCGCCGAUGUGCCUGUCAAUCGAGUUGGACAUUCAACAAAACCUAAGAAAUGGAAGCAUCACAAACAUGCCAAAGAGAGCACCAAGUGCAUCCAUUGUGGGAAAACUAACCACCCCUCCGAGAAAUGCAGACUGAAAGAUGCAGUUUGUCAUCACUGUAAAGCAAAGGGACAUAUAAAGGCUAUAUGUAGGAAGCUUAAGUCGGUGCAGUGUAUGGAGGAAAACGUUUCAGUGAUCAACACUGUGAACAAAGGAGACAACGGGAAAUUCAUCGUUAAGCCGAAGAUUAACGAUGUCGAGGUACCCAUGGAGCUUGAUACAGGAUCAGCAGUUACCCUCAUAUCAAACAAGGAUUUCCGAAAACGAUUCGGAAAUAUGAAGCUCGAUCCUGCUUUUUCCAUACUGAAGACAUAUUCAGGCGAUGUCAUAGAGCAACAAGGGACAGUAAUGGUGCAUGUCAGUUAUAAUGGACAAUCGCGAACAAUGCGACUUUGCGUCGUAAAAGGUGAUGGGCCUGCACUGUUCGGAAGGGACUGGCUGAGUCACAUCAAACUGGACUGGGACACACUUUUUAACGUGAACUCUGUGACAACGGAAGGCCUGAAGGUACGUCUAAAUUCUAUACUUGACAAACAUAAAGACGUGUUUAGUGACGGUAUAGGACAGGUGAAGGGCAUUAAGGCAAGGCUCACCCUAAAUGAAAAUGCUCAGCCUAAAUUCAUAAAGGCUAGGCCGGCACCGUACUCUAUUAAGCCAAAAAUAGAGAAAGAACUGGACAGUCUCGAGAGUCAAGGAAUCAUCUCGAAAGUGGACACCAGUGAAUGGGCGACACCGAUCGUUCCUGUCGUAAAAGGAAACGGCGAUGUGAGAAUAUGCGGUGAUUUUAAGGUUACCGUAAAUCAAUCAAUCAAGGUUGAUAGAUAUCCUCUCCCAAGAAUCGAGGACAUUUUCGCCAAUCUGUCAAAUGGGCGAAAAUACAGCAAGCUUGAUAUACGACAAGCGUACCUACAACUAGAAUGCGAGGACGAAACCAAGGAGUUGCUAACGAUCAACACCCACCGAGGAUUGUACCGUUACAACCGGAUGCUAUAUGGGGUUUCUUCUGCUCCAGCUAUAUGGCAACGCACAAUGGACCAAAUUCUUCAAGGAAUCCCUGGGGUGCAGUGCAUGCUGGAUGAUAUGGUGAUUACUGGUGAAAGUGAUAAUGUGCAUUUGGAUAACUUACAAAAGGUGUUGUGUAUGUUACAGCAAUAUGGAAUUAAAGUAAAUAAGGACAAGUGUGAGUUUUUCGUGCCAAGGAUUACAUUCUGUGGUCAUGAAAUUGACGAACAAGGUUUAUGGAAGUGUCAGGAUAAAGUAAAGGCGGUAUUGAAUACACCACCUCCAUGUGAUGUUACAUCACGUAGGGCAUAUCUCGGGGUACUCAAUUAUUACCAUCGUUUUCUGCCAGAUCUCGCGACCGUAACAAAGCCCAUGAACGCGUUGCUCGAGAAAAAUCGAAAAUUCGUCUGGUCAAAAGAAUGCCAGAGCGCGUUCGAAAAGUCGAAAACACUUCUCAUUACGGAACCUGUUCUUACACACUACAACCCGGAACUUCCGGUUAGGCUCGCGUCGGAUGCCUCACCGUUCGGUAUUUCCGGUAUAUUGUCACACGUUAUGCCAGAUGGCUCAGAAAAGCCGAUCGCUACACGUCCGCCGACCGAGCCAAAAUACGGCCUGCCUAAAAACCUGACCCCGCCCCGAGCCCCCAACCGCGGAAGCAAUCGAGGCAAGCGCUCCCACAUCCACCCUAUCGCUGCCCGUUGCAACAGUUUAGUCAAAGAUCGACUAUGGAGCCUCACAGACCUCCCUCCGGAGCCACCAUCACUCAUUCCCACCCACUGUCUCCCCAACUUCCAGGCCGCGCACCAAGCAGGACAGCAGUAA